AUGCUACAAUCAGAUCAUUCCAGCAGGACCAGACAUGUCUGUGGCGGCUUUCGGUCUCAUAUCAACUUUGACGUUGCCCGAAUAUUUCUGUUAUUGUUAGUGAUAGUUCUUUACACCUUAUUUGGGGCUGCGGUGUUCUCAGCCCUUGAGAGACCUUCAGAAAUGGAGGCCCAUCGCAAAUGGAACAGACAGCUGGCUGAAUUUGUUCAGGACCACCAGAUCCCCACCGAGGAGCUGUGUGAGCUGCUGGGACACUAUGAAGAGGCCAUUGCCGCUGGGAUUCGUAUGGAACCGCGGAGAACACGGUGGGACUUCUCUGGAGCUUUUUACUUUGUGGCCACUGUGGUCAGCACUAUUGGCUUUGGAAUGGCAGCACCCGCCACUCUCAAUGGAAAAAUCUUCCUUAUCUUCUAUGGGUUGAUAGGCUGCGCAACCACCAUUCUCUUCUUCAACCUCUUUCUGGAACGCAUGAUAACACUGAUUACAUUUCUCACACGCAUGUGCUGUAAGCACAAACACAAAAAAAGACAAAUUGUCUCCCAUUUAAACACAGAACCAGAAGAUAUAGACGGGCAUGGGGAUUGGAAACCCUCUGUGUACUAUGUAACCCUGAUUCUGGCAGCACUUGCAUUUCUGAUCAACUGCGGUGCAUCAGGCCUGUACUCGGCUAUGGAGGAAUGGAGCUACCUGGAGUCCAUGUACUUCUGCUUUGUGGCUUUUAGCACCAUGGGAUUUGGGGACAUGGUGAGUGGACAGAAAGCCCAUUACGAAGACCGUUGGGUUUACCAGAUAGCCAACUCGUUAACGAUCCUCCUGGGUGUGAGUUGCACUUACUCCGUCUUCAAUCUCACCUCCGUCAUCAUCAAACAGAUGUUGAACUGGAUUCUGGCCAAAUUGUGCAGUCUGUGUCACUGUUCGUAUCAGGAUGGAGAAGACGAGCCCUGCUGCUGCACCAAAACAGGCCUGGAAGUCAAAGUACCAGUAAAUCAGCAGAUCCAGAACACAGCCAGACAUCACAGCCAUGUAGUCAAGGCCUCUCUGCCAUCCAUGAGUAAGUGUAAGUGUGCCAGUGCUGCAAUUGAAGUCAUAUGCCAUAGCGGAAUGCAGUGCACAGCUCACAGCAACCCAAUAUAUGGAUGUUCAGCAGGAGCAAGUCUUCAAAUCAGGGAUCAGGGAAAACAAAACCACAAUCUAAGUGUUAACUGGUAAGAGGUAGAAUGCUGUAAUAUCUUUAUUCUAAAAAAAAUGAAAAGGAAUCUGUACAGUCACUGUUCUUCUAAAAUAUUUCUUCUUGCAUUAUUUCUAGGGUUACUAUUAUGACUUUGAGUUACAUUUAAACCUAAAUUUAAUGUCCAAAACCAAUGUUUAUCAAAUGGCACAGUUUAAUAAAAAUUAGUGUGCUCCCUUUCUCUGUUGCGAUCUUUUUGAUUGACACAGAUGCAUGCACGCUCUCUUGCUUAAUGAAGUUUAGUAGAGACUUGCUUGUAGUAGAGACAAAUCAUUAAAUCAUUGGUAUUUAGAAUACAGUUACAUUCAAAAAGUAUUUUGAUUACUGAAGAGAUUACUUUGCAUUUUAUUGUCAUUUGUUUCUUUUAAUAUUUAGUCCUUUCAGAUGGAAAACAUUUAUACAUAUAAAUGAUGUGAUCCAAAGUGUAUUUGAACAGCGGUGAAACACUUUCUUAUGAUGCGUUACAUUCAUACGAGCAGACAGAGAAGUAAGUUUGAAGUAAGUUUGGAGCAGAAGAAAUAACAUGUGUAUUUUGUCUUACUGUACUGGCAGUUUUUAUAUUCAAAACAAGUGAAAAAAUCUACCAGUGCUGAAGAAGUAAUCCAAAGUAUUUAGAAUACGUUACUGACCUUGAGUAAUCUAAGGGAAUACGUUACAAAUUACAUUUUACAGCAUGUAUUCUGUAAUCUGUAGUGGAAUACAUUUCAAAAGUAACCCUCCCAACCCUGGGCAUCACUGAUGGAGUUACAUAUCCAACUAAUCGAUAAUUAAAUUCCUCGUCGAUUAUUUUUAUUAUCGAUUAGUAUCGAUUUUAGAAAUGAGUUGUUGCAGAACUACAUUGAUCAAUCUUCAUUGGUUCUUGCGCGUCUUGUGCCCAAACGGUAUGACGUCAUAACAAAAUAAACACAGUAUGUUUGGUUUUAUUUUUCAUGUUAAUUGAUGUUCAUGCUACUUACAAUGAUAGCGCUAAGAUCUAAUAAUUACUGUGAAAAGUGACUGAAAUUGUUUCUUGAUUAUUUUGAAAUAUAACAUCCACACAAGCUUUUCAUUUAAAAAUAUAGAAAUAUCAUGGCUGACUAGACAAGGAAAGUUGUAACACUACAUUCCAACAAUGGACCUAUGUUAGCCUAUGUCUUAUGCAUUUCUAUUUUUGUUUCCUACUUUAUUUGCUGUUUUGAAAUCAAAUGUUUAUUAUAUGUUUAUCGUUUUGAAAUAAAAUUUAAAAAAAUGAAAUGAGUGUGGGUUGUGUUCAACAUGAUCACAUGGGUAAUCAGGGUUUGGUUCUGAAUGAUGGGGGAUGGCAACAAGUAAAUCUGAUGACCACCAUAAAUGUAUGUGCACAAUUUAAAAUAUCCGAUUUUGCAUGUUUUCUACUGGUGUUACAACUCACCCUGAUGGUGCAAUAUGGAGGACUCGGUGCACCAUAUUAACAGUGACAUAGCUAGGGGUGAGGCCAUUGGGAAACUCUUAUGAGUCUGUCAGAGAGCGCAGUGUUUGUGCUGA